AUGAAGAGGCGCCUGUCAUCUCUGGAGAUCCUCCUCAUCGUCGUUUCGUCACUUCUGCUCAUCUGUUGCAUCGGCCUGGCCGUGGUCUCAUCGCUGAGCCUGAAGCCCAAAGGCGCCACCAAGCCCGUGCAGCUGAUGGGACGGAUGGCGAUCGUGGAGGGAGCCGUGUUCUCCGAAGAGUUGAAGAACUCCAGCAGCCCGCAGUUCAAAUCUCUGGCCUACGACGUGCAGCAGCUGGUGUCUGAGGCGUUCAGCACCAGCGAGCUCCAGCAGCUGUACGAGUCGUGUUGGGUUCAGCACUUCAGUCGGGGCAGCGUGGUCGUGACCUUCUCCCUCCGGUUCAAUCAGCUGAUUGAUGUGAAGGAGGCAGAGCAGCAGCUGGGGGCAGGGCUUCAGGGGAUCAAAGGUGGAGUUUUGGUUAUCGACACAAAGAGUAUCACUAUAACUGCAUCUCGAACAUCUGGAACAACAGCCUCUGCAGGGACCAGCAUCAACCCUACAGGAGUAACAUGUGGCCCUUAUCAAACUUCCUGUGCUGAUGAGGUGACGUGUAUUCUGACUAGUCAGCUAUGUGAUGGAGUGGACGACUGUCCCGAUGCCUCUGAUGAAACUGAUGCUCUCUGUGCAACAGCAUGUGACGGACAGUUUGUGCUGAGGGGCCCGAGCGGGUUGUUCAGUUCAUCAAAGGCAGACAAAUACAACAGCAGCAGCUUCUGUCGCUGGAUCAUCAGGGUUGAUGAUGGACUUUCAGUUCAGGUUACCUUCCCUCAUUUUGAAACUGAAGAAAACAGCGACACUCUGAGGCUUUAUGAAGGUGUGGGACCAAACAAAGUCUUCACAGCUCAGUUCUCAGGCUCCACCUCUCCUGGAAAUGUGUGGCUGCUGACCGACCAAUCAACUGUGGAGUUCACCUCUGAUGAUAUGAACAAUCUGUCAGGGUUCAUAGCCACGUACAGUACCGCCAACAUUUCCACGCUGUCCAACGAGGAGAAGCUCACCUGCAACUUCGAGCAGGGCAUGUGUUUCUGGAGGCAGCAGCAAGAUGAUAACGGGGACUGGUUUCGAAUCAGAGGCCCCACUCUUCCGACUUUAACUGGCCCAAGUGUCGACCACACGCUGGGUAACAGCUCAGGUUUCUACAUUGUCACUUCUAAGAGUCCUGGCCAAUGGGAGAAGAGCUUCAGGCUCGACAGCCUUCCUCUGACUCCAUCCAUGCAGCCCAUGUGUCUGAGCUUCUGGUACCACAUGUUUGGACAGGAUGUUCACCAGCUCAGAGUCCGGCUGCUGAUGGAAUCUGAUGUUACCAUGUUCCAGAAAGAUGGUGACUAUGGCGACACCUGGAACUAUGGCCAGGUGACCCUUAACCUGACAUCAGAGGCUAUGGUGGCGUUUGAAGCUCUGAAGAAAGGAGGGAUGUUGAAUGACAUUGCUCUGGAUGACAUCACACUGACCUCUGAUGCCUGUGGACCCGCCCCCCCUGAACCCACCAAUGUACCACCUCCAACAACCACACCCCCCAUACCAGCUGACUGUGGAGGCCCGUUUGACCUCUGGGAGCCAAACUCUACGUUCAACACACCAAACUACCCGGAAUCCUAUGGGAAUGGGGCAGAGUGUCUGUGGACUCUGCAUGCUGGGGAAGGUCACAAUAUUCAGCUCCACUUCCUGGACUUUGACAUUGAAGCAUCCAGUGAUAUGGUGGAAGUGCGGGAUGGGGCGGGGCCUAACUCCACCUUACUGGCUGUCCUCACAGGAAAUGGCCCCACCCAUGACUUGUUCUCAACAGCCAAUCAAGUUACAGUGUGGUUCUAUACAGACAGUUCAGUUUCUGGGAAAGGAUUCAGAGCCAACUUCACCUCUGGGGUCAACCUGGGGUCACCAGCUCCGUGUGCUGAUGGUCAGUUCCAGUGUCAGACAGGAAGUUGCAUCCAUGGUAACAAUCAGUGUGAUGGUGUGGUCGACUGUCCCGACAGCUCUGAUGAAGCCAAAUGUGUUAUAUUGCAGGUAAAUGGUUCCAGUCGGCUUCAGGUUCAAAUUGUCUCUUCUCUGUUCACGGUGUGCGCUGACACCUGGAGCUCUCAACUGUCUAACUUCACCUGUCAGUACCUCGGAUACAGGUCCGGGAAGGCCUCGUUCCUGCCGGCUCGGCCACAAGACUCGCCGUUUGCUCUCAUCACAAUCAGCAAUGAUGGGACACUGAAAACCAACAUCAGUGAAACUUGCCACAGAGAGGAAGUGAUGUCACUGGCCUGUAAUAACCAGCCGUGUGGAGUCCGUCAGGUCACAAAUGUCUCAAGGGAGGCAGACCAAUCAGAACACAGGACACCUGGUGAUGAAGGUGCUGGCCGAGUGGUGGGCGGGGUUAAUGCUGAGGAGGGUGCAUGGCCGUGGAUAGUGUCUCUUCAGUGGAGGGGACGUCAUGCCUGUGGAGCCUCAGUGAUUGGCAGUGACUGGCUGCUGACUGCGGCUCACUGCGUUUAUGGGAAGAACGUUGACCUCCAAUCAUGGUCGGCGGUUCUCGGUCUUCACGCUCAGAAUGAUCAAACCUCAGAGGCUGUUCAGACCCGACAAGUCGAUCGCAUCAUCUUCAAUGAGCAGUACAACAGACGGACCAAACAGGCCGACAUCGCCAUGAUGCAUCUGCAGCAGCCAAUCAACUUCACCCAGUGGGUCCAGCCGGUGUGUUUACCACCUGAAGGUCAGAAUUUCACAGCAGGAAGAAAAUGUGUCAUUGCUGGCUGGGGACGAGACACUGACGGUUCUCUCCCCAAUGUUCUCCAGGAAGCCGAGAUUCCACUGGUGGAUCAGGAUAUGUGUCAACAGCAGUUACCCGAGUACACCAUCACCUCCAGCAUGCUCUGUGCCGGAUACCAAGAGGGAGGGGUCGACUCCUGUCAGGGCGACUCUGGUGGUCCUCUGAUGUGUCUGGAUGAUGGAAGCUGGACUCUGAUUGGUGUGACCUCAUUUGGCGCAGGCUGUGGACUUCCUCAGAAACCCGGAGUCUAUGCUCGAGUCUCGGCCUUUGCUUCCUGGGUCGCUCAGACCCGACGUUCCUCCUCUUCAUCACACUUUAAAGAUCCACUACCCUCUGCACCUCCUCUGUUACUCCGACCCUCUGCACCUCCUCUGUUACUCCGACCCACUGCACCUCCUCUGUUACUCCGACCCUCUGCACCUCCUCCUGCCCCAGUGCCCUCCUCUGUUACUAAGACCCUCUGCACCUCCUCUGUUACUCCGACCCUCUGCACCUCCUCUGUUACUCCGACCCUCUGCACCUCCUCCUGCCCCAGUGCCCUCCUCUGUUACUCAGACCCUCUGCACCUCCUCCUGUCCCAGUGUCCUCCUCUGUUACUAAGACCCUCUGCACCUCCUCUGUUACUCCGACCCUCUGCACCUCCUCCUGUCCCAGUGCCCUCCUCUGUUACUCUGACCCUCUGCACCUCCUCUGUUACUCUGACCCUCUGCACCUCCUCCUGUCCCAGUGCCCUCCUCUGUUACUCUGACCCUCUGCACCUCCUCUGUUACUCAGACCCUCUGCACCUCCUCCUGUCCCAGUGCCCUCCUCUGUUACUAAGACCCUCUGCACCUCCUCUGUUACUCCGACCCUCUGCACCUCCUCUGUUACUCAGACCCUCUGCACCUCCUCCUGCCCCAGUGCCCUCCUCUGUUACUCAGACCCUCUGCACCUCCUCUGUUACGCCGACCCUCUGCACCUCCUCUGUUACUCCGACCCUCUGCACCUCCUUCUGUCCCAGCGUCCUCCUCUUUUACUCUGACCCUCUGCACCUCCUCCUGUCCUUGCGUCCUCCUCUGUUACUCCAACCCUCUGCACCUCCUCCUGUCCCAGUGUCCUCCUCUGUUACGCCGACCCUCUGCACCUCCUCUGUUACGCCGACCCUCUGCACCUCCUCUGUUACUCCGACCCUCUGCACCUCCUUCUGUCCCAGCGUCCUCCUCUACCCUCUGCACCUCCUCUGUUACUCCGACCCUCUGCACCUCCUCCUGCCCCAGUGCCCUCCUCUGUUACUAAGACCCUCUGCACCUCCUCUGUUACUCCGACCCUCUGCACCUCCUCCUGUCCCAGUGUCCUCCUCUGUUACUAAGACCCUCUGCACCUCCUCUGUUACUCCGACCCUCUGCACCUCCUCCUGCCCCAGUGCCCUCCUCUGUUACUCAGACCCUCUGCACCUCCUCCUGUCCCAGUGUCCUCCUCUGUUACUAAGACCCUCUGCACCUCCUCUGUUACUAAGACCCUCUGCACCUCCUCCUGUCCCAGUGUCCUCCUCUGUUACUAAGACCCUCUGCACCUCCUCUGUUACUCCGACCCUCUGCACCUCCUCCUCUCCCAGCGUCCUCCUCUGUUACUCCGACCCUCUGCACCUCCUCCUGUACCAGCGUCCUCCUCUGUUACUAAGACCCUCUGCACCUCCUCUGUUACUCAGACCCUCUGCACCUCCUCCUGUCCCAGUGCCCCCCUCUGUUACUAAGACCCUCUGCACCUCCUCUGUUACUCCGACCCUCUGCACCUCCUCUGUUACUCCGACCCUCUGCACCUCCUUCUGUCCCAGCGUCCUCCUCUGUUACUAA